CACUAUUUUUACAAUCAGCUGAUUCCACGAGCAUCGCCAGUGGUGCGAAUGUGUGCAAUUUUAUACGCUUUAUGUAAUAUGUAUAUAAAUGCAGUAUUUCGCCGAUUUCAAUCAACGAAUAAUCCCACAAUUAAACAGUUACAGUUAUAUCUAUGCAAAGUAUUUAUCGUGAAAAUCAAUAUUAAACAAGAGUAUAUUGAUCGCCAAUGAUGUUAUGCGCUGUACUAUGAAGACAACAUUUGUUAUUGCGACUCUGAUAACUUGCGUAUUGGCUUUGGAAGAGGAAUUAUUGCAUUACGUUAGUGACGAUGUACCCGGUGGCUCUUACAAAUAUUACAGCUUGACAUACGACGGUUAUAUUAAAAUACGGCUUUCAUCACUAACAGGUGAUGCAGAUUUAUAUGCAUCGCAAACUACAACCAAACCAACGUAUGAACCGGAUCAUUAUUGUUUGCAAUCGACAACUUGUGGAGAAGAUAUUAUUUUCAUACCUAAAAGCUUUAAACGACCUGUGAGUAUUGGUGUUUAUGGCCAUCCGUCCCAUGAAGUUAGUAAAUAUACUCUUUUGGUAUCAGAGUUAAUGAUUGAAGACGACACUAUACCAUACGAUCAAAUAUCAAGAAGUAGAUCAAUAAACAUGUUGGAAUACGAAAAUCAAAUGUUCCUUGAAAUCAUCCAAGAGGAUGGAUUAGUUAUUACAGCCAAGGGCCUCGGUAUAGAAACGGUUUUUGCUAAUGUAAUAAAAGCUUAUUCGGAUCCAGGCAAUUUAGUUAUAAUCCUAGGAACUACAGAUCAUGAUGAGCAUUAUUUCAUUGAACUACUUAAAAGUUAUGGAACUAAUACUUUGCCACAUAUUGUCAAUUCUGAAUAUACUUCCAGUGAAAGAGAAAUAAUGUAUUUGGAGGGUGGAGUACUGUUUAUAUCAGGACGUAUCUUGGUAGUAGAUUUAUUAAAGAACAGAGUUCCAUUGCACUUAGUCACUGGUAUUCUUGUAUACAGAGCACACAAUAUUCUGAAUAAGUAUCAAGAAGCAUUCGCACUGCGUUUAUACAGGCAAAAUAAUAAGACUGGAUUUAUCAAGGCGUUCACAAAUUCGUCACUGGCUUUUACAGUUGGAUAUUCACAAGUAGAACGAGUUAUGAAAGCCCUGUUUGUGAAAAAGUUAUAUUUAUGGCCGCGCUUUCAUGCAAUCGUUAGUAAUUCUUUGUCUAAGCACGAGCCUGAUGUUAUAGAAUUACAUGUACAAAUCACACCAAAAAUGCAAAACAUUCAAGCAGCUUUGCUUGAUGUUAUGAAUUACAUUGUGAAGGAAUUGAAGCGCAUCAAUAAAUAUCUAGACUUAGAUGAAUUAACUGUGGAGAAUGCAAUAGCAAAGAAGUUUCACAAGCAAUUACAUUUGCAACUAGAUCCAAUUUGGCAUCAACUUAGUACAACAACCAAACAGUUACUUUCUGAUUUAAAAAUUUUACGAUCCCUUAUUAUAUCUUUGAUACAUGAAGAUUCAGUUUCAUUUUAUGCUAUGUUGAAUCGUUUACGGACUAUGGAAUAUGCUGUGAAAGCCAGUGGCUGGAUAAUGUUAGAUGAAGUCGAAAAUUUAUUUAAAUAUGCCAAAAGCAGAGUUUAUACAGAUAAGAAUGAACUAAAACCAGAACCAAAUCCAAAAUGGAUAGCUUUGUCACAAGUGUUAUCUGAAAUUCAAGAACAAAACUUAAAAAAAAGGAGUGAAAAUGUUGAUAAAGUUCUCAUCUUAGCACAUGAUAACAAUAUAUGUAGACAAUUGAAGAAUUUUUUAACUAUGGGUGCAAAUAAAUAUUUAUUUUAUGAAGCCUUAAAAAAAUUGUCGCAUAAUAAAGAACAAAAGGAAAGUGGUAAUAAUGGAAAAAACGUGAAAGAUCAACAAUCAACAUCUGAGAGUAAUACGGAUGAAGAUGCACAAAAUGAUCAAGACACUUUCAUACUUACUUUGACACAAAAAUGUGCAGAUGAAACUCAGCCAAGUACUUCUACAGAAAAUACAAAUCAGACAUUAUUUGAGGAAUGCUCGCAACUAGCAGAUUUAGAUUUAACCAAUUGCGCGACAUCUGCACCUAUUGUUUUCAUACAAGCUAUAAAGAAGGGAGGAGAUUCGAUGGCUUUACAGCGAGCGUUAGCAGAACAUAUGCCAAACAAUAUUAUUUUAUACGUAGCUGAUAUUGGUACUGUAAGACAAUUGGAGGUGUAUCAAAAUAAUAAUCCGUCAAUAGAUCUAAAAAUAUAUUUUUUAAUUUAUGACGGAUCUGUCGAGGAACAAGAAUAUCUUACUUCCUUACGACGGGAAAAGGAAGCAUUUCAUUCUUUAAUUAAUACGAAAAAAAUCAUGGUUGUACCUGAAGAUCAAGAUGGAAAAUCGGAAGAUUGUUUGGCUCUCACAAUUCAAUCAGAUAACACAAAUCAAGAAAACACACGUAAAGGCGGAAUGCAAUCCGAAGUAAAAAUAAUUCCAAAAGUUAUUGUUGAUAUGAGAGAAUUCAGAAGUGAAUUGCCUGCUAUUUUGUAUACACGUGGUAUAAAAGUUGAACCAGUCACAUUAGUGGUGGGUGACUAUAUUCUUACGCCAGAAAUAUGUGUUGAGAGGAAAAGCAUAUCUGAUUUAAUUGGUUCCUUGUUUUCUGGAAGAUUGUAUAAUCAAGCAGUUGCCAUGACAAGACAUUAUGCUAAACCCAUGCUUCUUAUAGAAUUUGAUCAGAAUAAAGCUUUCUGUUUUCAGGGAAAUUAUUAUGUUAGUAGAGAUCUUAAAAAUACUGAAAUAACAGCAAAGUUACAAUUACUAACACUUCAUUUUCCUAAACUAAAAAUUAUAUGGUCUCCUAGUCCACAAGCAACGGCACAAUUGUUUGAAGAAUUAAAGCAAGGACGAGCUCAACCUGAUUCAAAUGUAGCUGCUAAGAUUGGAGCAGAUGAAGACACAGAAAACAAACAACUAAUGGUAGAAAGAUAUAAUUCUAAUAUUCAAGAUUUUAUGACUAAAUUACCUGGUGUGCAUUCGAAAAAUCUGCGUAUUCUAUUAAAUAAAGGACAAUCAUUAAGCCAUCUUAUUAAGCUUACACAGGAAGAACUAAAAGAAAUACUUGGAAAUACAAAUGAUGCUGAAUUGUUGUACAAAGCUAUGCACGGGAAAUGUUUACCAACAGAUGAAAAAUCAUCGACUAGUAAAGGUGCUUCUAAAGUGCGUGGCAAGAAAUUUUUUUCUAGAAUAAAAAAGUAAUAUGGAUAAUGUUACAAUAAACAAAUUUUUUGUUAGUGGAAAAUUUUGAGGUGUUGUACACAUGUAUAUAGAUAAAAUUGAGUAGACUUGUACUGGAUAUAAUUGAGUCAAUAAACUUAUAUACGUGUUUUGAUUUCAUAAA